CGGAAGUGCGCUGUUUAUGUUAGAAGGACUGGAAAAAGAUUCAUGUGCAAAGACAUUACGAGAUUCUUGUUUCUUACCUAAAUAUUUUGUAACCUUUUGAUAUUUUAAUAACGCCACAGGUGUUCUUCGAGAUGAUGCAAGCUAUGAAAGGCGUGAGAUAUCUGCAAACCCGGGCUGUCACUCAGGCAGUUUCAGAGCUCUCUGUGCCGGUCCCGUGGGGGGAGAUCAGAGGUCGAGUCUGGGGUCCUGAUCAUGGUCGUCCUGUGCUGUGCCUGCACGGCUGGGCUGACAACUGUGGUACAUUCAACACCCUCAUUCCCUUCCUGCCUAAAGAGUACAGAUAUGUGGCCGUGGACCUGGCAGGCCACGGUCAGUCGUCACAUCGUCCUCCCGGAGUUUUCUACGCCUUUCCCUCCUACGUGAUGGACGUACGCAGAGUCGUCGAUGCUCUGCAGUGGAGCAAGUUCUCCAUCAUCGGCCACAGCAUGGGUGGUAAUAUUGCUGGAAUGUUCAGUGCACUGUAUCCUGAGAUGGUGGAUUCUAUCGUGCUGCUGGACUCCUAUGGAUUCCUCCCGUCAGAUCAGAAAGAAAUUCCUGAAGUGAUGAGGAAGGGGAUGGACGAGAUGCUUCAGUAUGAGAAAAAGACAGGGGAGGACAAGAGAAGGGUUUACACUUAUGAGAAGGCAGCAGAGAGGUUGUUGGCUGCAAACCCGAAUCUGUCUGAACAGUCUGUGCACGUCCUCUUAGAGCGAGGUCUAGUUCAAGUGGAAGGAGGGGUGAUGUUCUCUCGUGACUUUCGUAUUAAUCUGAAAAACAUAGCACGCAUCAGUCUGGAGCAGAGUGUGGAGUUGCACUCAAAGAUACAAGCCUCUGUUCUAGUUAUUCUAGCAGAGGCGGGCUUUGACAAAUUAUACCUUAAAGCAAAAGAUCAGAAGACAGCCAUGUCAGCACUUCUACAGGCCUAUAGGGACAGAAAUCACACCGUGGUGAAGAUACCAGGCGAUCAUCACGUCCAUCUGAAUAAUCCUGAAGCUGUAGCUCCACUUGUUACUGACUUCCUGCAGGCUAAAGUGUUGUCACAGUCAGACACUGAACCAGAUGAACAAUCCUCUAAGCUAUAAAAAAACAACACACACAAAAAGCCUUAAGGCAGUACAAUAAUGAUUUUGAUACCGUUUUAGAGGUGUGUUAUUUAUACUGUACUGUUUACACUCACCCUGGUGCCUAAUCCUCAACCAGCCUGCACACAGUAUAGGCAUCAGCUCAUGUUAACAUUUGACUCCUGAGUUAUUAUUUCUAGUAAUUUAAAAGACGUUAUGCUCACUGUAGCUUCUAUUCAUACUGACAAUUUGCAGAUAGUCUGUAGUGGAUGGAUGUUAUGAGACGUGCAAAAACGGGCAUAUUGUGGUUUUAGUUCAGUUUGUAUCUUUUUUUUUAUUGAAUAGGUGGAAAUAUCAACCAGAUAUUAUUAAGUAUGCGAGUUCAGAACAAGUCUGUUGACAGAGGUUAGCAUUUCAUUCAUUAUUGUAAGUUUUUCAUUCGGGCUGCAAAAGAGAUUUUAUAGCAAUAAACUCUCUUCGCUAUUUAUCGCAACAAAUGAGGUAGUAGAGUUUAGUUUCAUUAACACGAGCAAAGCUUUCUCUCUUAGCGUGUGUACAUGUUACCUGUUUGAUGGAGGGGUGAGCAUAAUGAACAUACAUUAGCACUAUUUUGAUGCGGUCAGCUACAGCUAAAGCUAGCAAGCAGCUUUAUAUCCUCUGAUUAAUGACGACAAUGUUGUGGUGAAAAAAAGUGAAGUGUAUUUAUUUUUUGUUUCGGGAGUAACAUGUUCAAAGAGCAGCAGAUAAACAGAAUGUGAGCGGUAGCUUAUAUGCACUCUUUAAUAUUGGUUUAUUAAUCACAGUUUAUAUCAUUGCAAUGUUUAACACUGUUAGUCCACAUGGCAUGUUUUUCUCAUAUCUUGCAGUCUUCAUUUUUAUUAGAAAAUACUUUUCUCUAGUUAUUAAAUUCAUUAAUCAAUGAAAACAGUGUGAAAAGUAACACUUGAAAACUCAGGCUGGUGUUGACGUGAAACAUUUCAGAGCAUUCUUUGUCGUAACUGGGCUCCUAGUCAAGCUAGCAGCAGCUAAUGUACUUUCAGGCUGCUAGCCACAACCAGUGGUUAUGUAGGCUCUUAUAAAAGUCACUUUUCUCGA